AAUACCCCAUUCAAAGAGAGGAAGUAGAAGUGUACAAGAUGCUGGGUGAUCAUCCACAUAUUGUCCCUCACUAUGCAGGAACAUUUAGAGGCAAUCAGAGAUGUGCAAACAUUUUCAUGGAAAAAUGUGAACAAUCUCUUUAUGACUACAUGGAGUCAGUAUUGAAGAGACGACUGACACUUGAGGAAGCCAUGUUUUAUUGGCUUCAGAUACUUACCGCAGUGGAUUACUUGCACAACUUGAAAGUUCCAAUAAUUCACAAAGACAUCAAAUCUAAAAAUGUGCUGUUGACAGCAGAAGGUUCUCGGGCUAAACUGGCUGAUUUUGACUCAGCAAGGAGGUUGUAUCAUGAACUCACUGAAGCUGGUCUGAAACCCCUUGGAACAAGGGGCUUUGCUUCUCCAGAGGUUUUGGAAGAGAAACCUCAUGGCAGGCCAACUGACAUCUACAACUUGGGGUGCUUUUUCAUUGAACUGACAGUGGGAGUUCCAUCCAAAGACCUCUUGCAGGAACAGAUUGAGAAGUUAGGGAGGUCAAAUAGAGAACUUGGUCAGUUGAUAUUUGACUGCACAAGGGAGAACCCAGAGGACCGACCAACUGCACGAAGCUUGCUGCAGCAGCCAGUUGUUCAGGCAUUUAUGUCGGGGGUGCCUAUGGAACACUGAGGUCACUCAAAGUAACUUUUGCAAGGACAACUUGGGUAUUUAGUUGUCAUGAGCAAUCUUAUUUCUUGGUUAUUUUUAUAUUGUAGGUACUAGAUAGAACUUAAGUUUACAAAGUAUUACUACUGGUUGUGCUGAAUCAGUUACCAAGGUUCAAGCAGCAGUCCUUUGUGGCAAUUAAGUGGAGCAUUUUGCUAUCACGUUAAAUAUGUAGAAUAGCUUAAUGUUUUUUAAAAACUUAAAAAUUAAUGUAUUUAGUUUUAGGCUGUGAACCCCCAAGAGUGACCACCAUCUUA